AUGAGUCAUGCACCAACUGAAGCAGUCGGCGGGGCUCCAGCCCGCGAUCCAGGGGAGCAGUCUUUGACUUCGGGCUCUCAGCCCCCGCCCUCGUUAGAAUCAGGUGCUUCUGCCCUACUUUCCGACACUUUAUCUACAACACCGUCGUCGUCUUUGGUUACUUCGACUAGUACCAGUACUCCUGCUCCACCAGCACAUGCUUCAUCGGCUGCAACACAGCCACCCCCUCAGCAGCUCUCCAGCAUAUGUCCCUCGGUUCGGCUCCUCAACCUGCAGAGGAGUCGUGCACUAUCACCUGCUCGCUCUUCGUCAGACCUGUCUGUACGUUUUCGUCCUACUCCACCGGCAGCCUGGCGUUCGUCUUCUGCUUCAACAGACGACUCGACUCCACCUAAACGAGCUCGGACCGUUGCGUACACGACACCUGUCCGGGGCAUCCAGCCUUACCCGGAUCAGCCACCAGAGCUGGAGCACACUCCUCCUGACUACCAUAACCAAUUCUCCCACCUACAUCCGUGGGGUAUUCACGUACGACCCCGGCCGGACCUGCCUAAUCUGUCGGAAGACACGGUCACUGCGGAUCUUCCACUACAUGUCUACCGGCAGAUACCUUCUCAUGGAUACUUCGCUAGCCGUUUCGUCCGAUCAUUAUUCCCACGUUGCUUCAGAGGAUUGCCAUCGGCGACAAACAGAGUGCCAAUUAUGGAGAUCACAAGGCUGCAUGAUAUCAUCGCCUUUCAGGCCGAAGUCGACAUCUCUCUCCGACUCGGGCGACCUGAUUCAGGAACCGAUCCAGUGUUCGAACUGCUGGCUACUGAGGACUUUGCUAAUUCUCUGCGUCGUCCCCCUUCCACCCUUUCUAACACCAUUCUGGACACAGUAUAUGGUAGCCCGAUUCGACCGUUUAUUGUCAGCUCACUCACUCAUCAAGCAGCACCACCUCCGAUCUCCGUCCGUCUGCGUGGAACGAGGCUUGAUCUCCGGGAAGAUCAGGCACGUGCUGUCCAGAUGGGAACUGAAAACCGACCGAUUCUUGCUGUUCAGGCGGCAUAUGGAACUGGGAAAACCCUCGUAGCAGCCAUCAUUGCGGCCCGUCUAGCUACUCCGGGAAACCUCCUCGUCGCUACUGCCACAACAAACGUUGCUGUUGCACACCUUACUGAAACACUGUUAGCUCUUAACGACUACCAGGAUCUAAGAGUGCUACGUUUUGUUGCAGACACUUCACUCCAAGAGGGAGCACCAACUACUCCCGUUGACUUGCAUCGCGUUCUUAUGGACCUUGUGGCCACUUAUUCCGACACUUUAUCGCAACGCGAGAUCUACCAGCUCCGACAGUACUCCCAGGGUCGCCGAUCUUCAGGCCUGAAACUUCGCGGUUGA